GAAUCAAAAUACUCCGUAUAAUUUUGCGACGGUUAAGUUGACUUCUUGUUCCUGUCCACCACCAACUUAAGACUUUCCUUCUUCCUAGAUCCCCUCCUUCCCUCUCCUCCGUCUUUACGCGGAAUCAGGAAGUCGCCGGCGUGAACGGAUUCCCGAAUUCCGUCGACUAUUAAAUACCUUAUCUUUUUAAAUAACAGUUCCCAAACACAAUUUCCUUUAUUUUAUUGAUUUAUUCCGGGAAAGGGAAAGAAAGAGGGGGGAAUAAUUCCUUUGAAAAAUGGGAACUCCGGCAUUUCCAGACCUGGGUAAACAUUGCUCCUUUGAUCGUUGCAAGCAGAUUGAUUUCCUCCCUUUCACCUGCGACCGCUGCGACCAGGUAUAUUGCCUUGAACAUCGAAGCUACAGGGAGCACCAAUGUCCACAUGGUGACAACCAAGGUGUCACUGUCGUCAUUUGCCCACUUUGUGCCAAAGGGGUUCGCCUGAUUCCCGAUGAAGACCCGAAUAUCACUUGGGAAUCUCAUGUCAACACCGUAUGUGACCCACAAAAUUAUGAGAAAGUAACUAAGAAGAGGAAAUGCCCUGUGAUUGGGUGCAAGGAAAUCCUUGUGUUCUCCAAUACAGUAAAAUGCAAGGAUUGUAGCACGGAUCACUGUUUGAAACAUCGAUUUGGACCUGAUCAUAAGUGUCCUGGGCCCCCAAAAUCCAACAUCGGAUUUCCAUUCAUGGGCCUCCUGACCAGCAAUAGUAGAAAAGAAGUGACGCGGCCUAAUCAGGCUCCAGUGAAAUCAACAUCAUCAGCAUGGUCUAGAUUUGUUGAUGCAGCCGAAGCAGGCAUGUCGAAGUUGAGUAAUGACUUUAGUCAGGUACUUCAGGUGGGUCAAGGAAGUAAUAGUAGUACGAGCACUGGUGAGCCGGGUGGACAGGAAAUGUGCCCACAGUGUAACGCGAGGUUUUCAUCGGUCACAAAGCUUGUGGAGCAUGUGCAGAAAGUUCAUGAAAGAAGUAAUAACCGCGUUGGUGUUAGGAAGUCAACAAUUGAUGCAUGCCCAAAAUGUAGCAGAGGAUUUACAGAUCCUGUAGCCCUUGUCAAGCAUGUUGAGAAGGAUCAUGGUGGCACUUCAAGGGCUUAAAAACCCUCCUUUCAUUAUCUUGAGGUUCAUCUGUUCUAUAUCGAUUGUAUGUCUUUCCGAGCGGCUGUAAAAUUGUUAAUUUAGUGAUUCACAUCUGAAAAAAGUUUCACCUUAUUGAUUUUAUUUCUUUACAAAGUGAUAAUGUACAUUAAACAGAUGCAGAUUGGAAAUUUAGUGUGAAUUAUGCCAAGUAAAAUUCUUUCAACAGUUUAGCCAUAAACAAAGUCUGCAGUUUGCACUA